GCAGAAUGCUGCCACGGGCAGCACUGGGCAUCUGAGAGCCUUUACAAUUGGCACUAGCAGUCGCAGGAGUUGGGGAAUAUAGCACUAUUCAUGCCCAUUAUUUUUAGCACAAGACCAAGCACUGUCCAGAGUUGACUACAUAAUUCAACUAAAAGAAAAGAGAAACUGCAGCAAUGGACAGUGAUGCAGAAAUGUCAGUUUUUGGGGCUGCAGCCCCCUAUCUGCGCAAAAGUGAAAAAGAAAGGAUUGAGGCACAGAAUAUGCCAUUUGAUGCCAAAACUGCUGUUUUUGUAGCAGAUCCCAAAGAACAUUUUGUAAAAGGCACUCUGGUCACUAAAGAAGGUGGCAAGGCCUCUGUCAGACUAGAGAAUGGGCAGAUAGUUACAGUGAAGGAUGAUCAGGUUUUCCUAAGAAAUCCCCCCAAGUUCGAUAAAAUUGAAGACAUGUCCUUGAUGACUCACCUGCAUGAAGCUGCUGUCCUCUAUAACCUCAAAGAACGUUAUGCUGCCUGGAUGAUCUAUACUUACUCUGGUCUUUUCUGUGUCACUGUAAACCCCUACAAGUUACUGCCAGUGUACAACCCAGAGGUGGUUGCCGGCUACAGAGGAAAGAAGCGUCAAGAAGCCCCUCCACAUAUCUUCUCCAUCUCUGACAAUGCAUAUCAAUACAUGCUAACUGAUCAUGAAAACCAGUCAAUCUUAAUUACGGGAGAAUCUGGUGCUGGAAAGACUGUGAACACGAAACGUGUCAUCCAAUAUUUUGCAACAAUCGCAGCCAUGGGUGAGAAGAAAGAAGAGAAAGAACAAAAGAUGAAGGGAACUCUGGAAGAUCAAAUUAUUCAAGCCAACCCUUUACUAGAAGCUUUUGGGAAUGCUAAAACUGUGAGAAAUGACAACUCAUCACGUUUUGGUAAAUUCAUCCGAAUUCAUUUUUCUGCCAAAGGAAAGCUGGCAUCUGCAGACAUCGAAACCUAUUUACUUGAAAAAUCUAGGGUAACCUUCCAGUUAAAAUGUGAAAGAAGUUUUCACAUUUUUUACCAGAUUAUGUCUAACAAGAUACCAUCACUGAUCGAGAAGCUUCUUAUCACGACCAAUCCUCAUGAUUACCCGUAUAUCAGCCAAGGAGAUAUUUCAGUUCCAGGUGUCGAUGAUGCUGCAGAAUUGAUGGCCACAGAUGAAGCAAUUGACAUUCUGGGAUUUUCUCUGCAAGAAAAGGAUGAUAUUUAUUGUCUGACAGGUGCUGUGAUGCAUUAUGGGAACAUGAAGUUUAAGCAGAAACAGCGGGAAGAGCAGGCUGAACCAGAUGGCUCUGAAGUUGCUGACAAAGCAGCAUAUUUGAUGGGAAUAAACUCUGCUGACAUGCUUAAAGCUCUGUGCUCCCCAAGAGUGAAGGUCGGCCACGAAUAUGUUACAAAAGGCCAGACUGUGGAGCAGGUUCACAAUGCUGUUGGUGCCCUCGCUAGAUCAGUUUUUGAGAAGAUGUUCUUCUGGAUGGUGACUCGCAUCAAUGAACAACUUGAUACGAAAAAAGCAAGAGAAUACUUUAUUGGAGUCCUGGAUAUUGCUGGGUUUGAAAUUUUUGAGUUCAACAGCUUUGAGCAGCUCUGCAUCAACUUCACUAAUGAAAAACUGCAGCAAUUUUUCAACCAUCACAUGUUUGUUCUAGAACAAGAGGAGUACACUAUGGAAGGAAUCGCAUGGGAAUUUAUUGAUUUUGGGAUGGAUUUAGCAGCUUGUAUUGAGCUUAUUGAAAAGCCAUUAGGAAUCUUUUCAGUUCUUGAAGAAGAAUGCAUGUUCCCAAAAGCUACAGAUAUAACCUUCAAAAACAAACUUUAUGACCAACAUCUUGGCAAGUCCAACAAUUUCAUGAAACCCAAGCCUGUUAAGGGAAGGGCAGAAGCUCAUUUCUGUCUAAUGCAUUAUGCAGGCUUGGUGGAUUACAAUGUGGACAACUGGCUGGACAAGAAUAAGGACCCACUGAAUGAAUCUGUGGUGGCUCUUUAUCAGAAAUCUACAGUGAAAACACUGGCCACUCUCUAUGCUACAUAUGUUAUUGCAGGGACAGAAGGACCAGAAUUAAGGGGAAAACACAAGAAGGGAUCUUCAUUCCAGACAGUGUCUGCACUGUUCAGGGAAAACUUAAACAAGCUGAUGGCCAACCUUAAAACGACACACCCACAUUUUGUACGUUGCUUAAUUCCCAAUGAAUCAAAAACGCCUGGUCUCAUGGAUCACGGUCUUGUCCUGCACCAGCUGAAGUGCAACGGUGUGCUUGAAGGUAUCAGGAUUUGCAGAAAAGGAUAUCCUAAUCGGAUUCUGUACGGAGAUUUCACACAAAGAUACAAAGUUUUGAAUGCAAGUAUUAUUCCACAAGGAAAAUUCAUUGAUAACAGGAAGGCUACUGAAAAAAUUUUGGCAUCCAUUGCAAUUGAUCAUACUCAAUAUAAAUUUGGGCAAACCAAGGUAUUUUUUAAGGCUGGUCUUUUAGGCAUACUUGAACAGAUGCGGGAUGAGAAACUAUCUCAUCUGCUCACAGGGCUUCAAGCUAUUAGUCGUGGCUAUUUAAUGAGGCAGGAAUUUAACAAAAUGAUGGAAAGAAGGGAAGCCAUUUACACGAUACAGUAUAACUUCCGUUCAUUCAUGAAUGUCAAGCACUGGCCCUGGAUGAAGCUGUACUUUAUGAUAAAGCCCUUAUUAAAGAGUGCACAAAUAGAAAAAGAAAUGGCAAAUAUGAAGGAGGAGUUAGCAAGACGUAAUGAGGAACUUGCUAUGUCAGAAAACAAAAGGAAACAAAUGGAGGCGAUGAUAGCCGCACUUUUACUGGAGAAGAAUGAUCUGAAACGUCAGAUUCAAGGGGAAAAGGACAAUUUAAGCACAGCUGAAGAACGAUGUGACCAGCUUAUCAAAGCCAAGUUUGACCUUGAAGCCCAGCUUAAAGAUGCACUUGAAAGAAUAGAAGAUGAGGAAGAAAUGAGUGCAGAACUCGCGGCACAAAAGAGAAAACUUCAAGGUGAAUGUACAGAUUUAAGGAAAGAUAUCGAAGAGCUUGAGAGAACACUCGCCAAAGUUGAAAUGGCAAGGCAGGCUUUAGAAAACAAGCUUAAAAACUUCACAGAGGAAAUGUCAGCUAAGGAUGACGAAUUUUCAAAACUGGAUAGAGAAAAGAAGGCUUUUCAUAAUGCUCAUCUGCAGAUCUUGGAAGAUCUGAGGUCUGAAGAGCUCAGAGUUACUACUCUAACUGAGACGAAAUCCAAACUGGAAGUGCAUGUGGAGGAGAUUGAAUUUUCUUUGAAACAAGAGAAGAAUUUAAGACUGGAGCUUGAAAAAGUUAGAACUAAAUUUGAAAGUGAAUUGAAGACAGCCCAUGAAUCCUAUGUAGCACUGGAAAAUGACAGAUUCAUAGUAGAAGAAAAGUUUAGAAAAAAAGAAUUUGAAAUCAAACAGUUGCAUAGUGCAAUGGAAAGUGAACAAACUCUUAAAACUCAGUUGCAGAAAAAAAAUAAAGAUUUCCAGAUUCGCAUUGAAGAACUGGAAGAAGAAAUUGAAGCAGAACGUGUGGCUCGAUCUAAAUUAGAAAAGCAGAAAAUAGAACUUGCAAACCUUGUUGAAGAAAUCAGUACAAGAUAUGAAGAAGCAGGAGGAUCAACAGCAUUUCAAAUUGAACUAAGCAGAAAACGGGAGGCAGAGUUCCAAAAACUGCACCAUGAUUUGGAAGAGUCAACCCUUCAUUUUGAAGCAAUGUCUGCUUCUUAUCGUAAGAAGCAUGCUGAAACUGUUGUUCAGUUUGGAGAGCAGAUCGAAAGUUUACAAUUUGUUAAACUAAAGUUGGAGAAAGAGAAGAGUGAACUAAGAAUGAGGCUUGAUGAGUUAUCAACCAGUUUGGAGUCUGUUAGUAAGAAAAAGACACAGUUUGAAAAAUUGUGUCGGACACUGGAGGACCAUGUUAGAGAACUGAAGUUAAAAGAUGAAGAUAAUACACGCACAAUUAAUGACAUGACUACUGAGAGAAAGAAUCUGAAAGGAGAAAUCUCUGAUUAUGCCCGCCAAAUGGAAGAUAGGAAUGCAACAAUUUUACAACUGAGGAAAAAGAUGCUGUCAUUUACACAAGAAAUUGAAGAUUUAAGAAAGCAGUUUGAUGAUGAGGUUACGGCUAAAGGUACACUGGCCCAUGCACUGCAAUCAGCCCGCCAUGACUGCAGCCUGACUCAAGGGCAUUUAGAAGAAGAACAGGCAGCUAAAACUGAAUUUCAGAGAUUACUGUCUAAGGCUAACAUCGAUGUUGAUAAGUGGAAAACUAAAUAUGAAACUGAUGUCGUUCAACGUACAGAAGAACAAGAAGAAGCGAGGAGAAAGCUGACAUUGAAGCUGAAUGAGUCUGAAGAUCAGAUUAUGACAUUAACUUCCAAGUAUGCAUUACUUGAAAAAGCCAACAAGAAACUUCGGAAUGAAAAUGAGGAUUUGAUGCUUGAAGUGGAACGAUCUAAUGCAGCUUGUAUCUCUUUUGAAAAUAAACAGCGAGAGUUCGAUAAGUUUUUAUCAGAUUGGAAGCGUAAAUAUGAAAAUAAAGUGAAUGAACUGGAAAGGUCAUUUAAAGAGUCCCACUCACUCAGUACUGAACUGUCUAGAAUGAAAAACACUUACACAGAAACAGUGGACCAAUUAGAAACUCUGAAGAGAGAAAACAAAACGCUGCACGAGGAGAUAUUGGAUCUCACACAACAGAUUGGUGAACGGGGAAAAAGAGUCAGUGAAUUAGAGAUACAACAAAAACAUACUCAUCUGGAGAAUGUUGAAAUCCAUACAGCAUUAGAAGAAGCUGAGUCUUCCCUUGUGCAAGAAGAGUCCAGAAUGUUCCAAGUUCAGCGUGAGCUCAGCAGGGUAAAAUCUGAAGUUGAUCGAAAGAUAUCUGUGAAAGAAGAAGAAUUUGAGAGAUUUAGGUUGAAUCAUCUGAGAAUUGUAGAACAAUUGCAAAUCAAAAUUGAUAUUGAAAUUAGAAGUAAACUUGAGGCUUUGCGUAUACAAAAGAAAAUGGCAAGUGACCUAAAUGAAAUGGAAUUGCGAUUGAGUCACGCAAAUAGCUAUGCGGAAGAAUUACUGAAACGGCUUCAAAACAUGGAGGAUCUUUAUGAGGAGUCCCAGCUUAACCGAAAUGAAGCCCUCAAAGGACAAGAGGAUCUGAGAGAGCAGCUAAUCCUGAUUGAACGCAGAACCACUCUAAUACAAAAUGAAAUGGAAGAGCUGAGAGUUACACUGGAGGAGACAGAAAGAGGCAGAAGUAUAGUAGAAUGCGAACUUCACGAAGCUAACGAGCAUCUGUAUCAGCUGCAAUCUGAGAAUACAACCUUGAUCAGUAUCAGAAGAACUCUUGAGGUCAGUAUUUCUAAGCUUCAAAUUGAGAUUGAGGAAAGAAUUCAAGAACUAAAGAUUGUUGAAGAAAAGGCAAAGAAGGCUCUCGCUGAGGCUACCGAAUUGGCUGAACAACUGAAGACAGAACAGGAGUCCAAGUCUUAUUUUGAGACAAGAAGCUUAACAUUUGAGAAGACUGUGACUGAACUGAAGAUCCGUAUAACUGAGAUCGAGGAGGCAGCAUUCAAAGGAGAAAAGAAACGAGUCCAGAAACUGGAGAACAAGAUUCUUGAACUUCAGACCGAACUUGAAUUGGAAAGGAAACGCUCUGCUGAGGUUGUUAAAGGCAUUCGAAAAUAUGAGAAACGAGUCAGGGAGCUGAGUUCUCAGGCUGAGGAAGACAGACAAAAUAUUCAGAGACUCGAGGAUCUGGUUAUGAAACUGCAAAUGAAAGUGCAGUCCUACAAGAGACAACGUGAUGAUUUGGAGGAACGGCUGGAUAUUAGCCACACUAAAUACCAGAAAGCUCAAAAUGCAUUAGAAGAUGCAGAGGAACGUGUGCAUGUUGCACAGUCAAAGGUCAGCAAACUUAACGUACAGUCCCAUGUAAUCACCACGAAGAUAAGCAUUAAGAAAGAUCAGCAUACGCAUAUCGAAGAUGUAACUGAAGAAAUCCAUACCAUGUAAUACCAUUACAAUGAGAAAUCUAUGCCAUAUAAUACAUUACCAUCAUACAAUGGUUAUGGACAGUCUGUGUUUUCUUCAGAAAAUAAAAAAGUUGAGAAAUGUG